AUGGCGACUAAUUUUGGUAGUGGACUAAUUCAUCACAAUUUAGUGACUCAUGAUGAAAAUCUUAUUGGAUUAUAUUCCGGAAAUUGUAUUCACUGGGGAAUAACUGAUCAUGCUUGCAAUGCAUACGGCUUAACGCUCGUUCCAAUCUAUGAUACCCUAGGAACGGAUUCAGUGGAGUACAUUUUACAGCAAACCUGCUUGAAAACUUGUAUUUGUGGUGUUUCUGAAACGGAGAAAUUGCUAUCUCUAAAGCACAGACUUCCAUGUCUUGAAUAUAUCAUUUUGAUUGGAGAAAUAAGCGAUCAACUCAAGUCAAUGGCAGAUGAUUGUAAUGUGACUCUGUUAACUUUCGAAACUAUUGAGUCAGAAGGGAAAAACGAUCCAUUAAAGAAUCGCCCUCCCUUUGCAGAGGAUAUCUGCACGAUUUGUUAUACCUCGGGGACGACUGGUACUCCGAAAGGCGUGUUGAUUUCUCAUCGAAACUUUGUGUCUGCGAUUAUGGCCACGAUUCAAACAGGUCUUUUUCCCACAUCGGAAGAUCGAUAUUUGUCGUAUUUGCCUUUGGCUCAUGUAUUGGAACGAGCAGUUAGCUAUGCUCUGCUCUCAGUCGGGGCGCAGAUUGGCUUUGCACAAGGAGAUAGAAAGCGUAUUGUGAAUGAUGUGAAAGCGCUGCGUCCUACCGUGUUUUGUAGUGUACCGCAGCUGCUGAACCGAAUAUAUGAAGGGAUUAAGUCAGAGAUAGAGAAGAGAGGAUGGAUGACUCGUACUCUCUUUCAAUGGGGAAUGGAAGUAAAGAAGUAUCGAAUUGAGCACGGGUACAGCAAAUCGGAUUGGUUCUUUGACACGCUUCUCUUUGGACCCAUUCGGAAAUCUAUUGGACUUGAGAAUGUUAGAAUUACAGUCAGUGGAUCGGCUCCGUUAAGCGAUGAAGUGAAAUCGUUUCUUCAGUGUUUGUUGGGUGGAGUGAUCGUCGAAGGAUACGGAGCCACAGAGACAAGCGGUCCAGCGACGAUCGAAUUCGCAGGGAGUCGAGGAAAGGGAACAGUUGGAGUUCCCAUUCCGUGCAAUUUGUUGAAAUUGGUCGAUGUUCCAGAGAUGGGAUAUUGCGCGACAGAUCGUGUUUUCCAAGGCAAAGCGUGCUUAGGACGUGGAGAGCUUUGUAUUAAAGGGUAUAACGUGAGUUCAGGGUAUUAUAAGAAUGAUGAAGCGAGUAAAGCUUCGUUUGAUGACGAAGGGUUCUUCAAAACUGGCGAUAUUGCUGUUUUGCUCCCCAAUUAUGAAGUGAAGAUCAUUGAUCGAAAGAAGAACAUUUUCAAGCUGUCGCAAGGCGAAUAUAUCGCUGUCGAGAAGCUUGAGGCUUAUUAUGGAUCGUCUCCGUUUGUAAAGCAGAUCUUUAUCUAUGGAGAUUCUUUGCGAAACUACUUGAUUGGCUUUGUUGUUCCUGAAGAAUCGUUUGUUAUGAAAUGGGCACAGUCCGUUCCUUCUUACAAAGGCUUUUCUUUCAAAGAUAUUUGCCGUAGUCAGCUUUUCCAUAGACAGUUAUCCUUCGAGUUCCAACGAAUCUUCGAAGAAAAGCAGCUCAAAGGGUUCGAGCGGCUAACCAAAUUCAAAGUGGAACCCGAAUCUUGGACCGUUGAGCAAGACUUAAUCACUCCCACCUUCAAACUGAGGAGACGGAAGCUGAAAGACAAGUUCCAAGAGAGUAUAAAGGCAAUUUAUAGUGCUUAA